ACUACCUACGAUGAAACAGCAAUCUCAUCACCCGACCCUGUGGUACCAGUGCCACUAACUACAGCAGGGAAAGUAUGGCUUGCCAUAACGAAGAGAAAGAACAGCAAGGCUACGUGUCCGGUGACAUACCAAGCGACUGGAAUGGCUGUGGACGGUGCCUCUUGGCUUGCAGGCCUCUCCAAUCAGGUCACCAAAGCUAAGUGUUUGCUUCAUGACUGGUCAAAGAGCACAACGAUUGCCACACUUUGA